AAUGGUUCCUCCUAUACAACUCAUGCAUGCCUAUAUAUAAUGCACUCGUUCUCCCAUAUCAAUCAUCAAUCAACCCAAACUUCAUACAAACAAAAUGGCCUCUAAUGCAUUUCUCAUCAUCGCUAUAGUUCUUGCAUCCUUUGUAGCUGCCAACGCCGCUGACCCUGACAUUACCUCAGACUUUAUAGUCCCGAAUGGAAUCAACCUUGAUGCCAACUUCUUCACCUUCAAAGGACUCAAAAACUCUCUACGGGGUGCCUCAAAAGAUGCGCCCUUUAAGGUAACUAAAGCAACCGAGAUCGAGUUCCCUGCACUAAAGGGACUAAGUGUCUCCUAUGCUUCACUUCAGUUUGCUCCUAAUGGCAUCAAUCCACCACACACUCAUCCCCGCUCUGCUGAGCUCCUCCUCGUUGUUCAAGGAUGGCUCGAGGUUGGUUUUGUUGAUUCGAACAAUACGUUAUUUACUCAGAUUCUUGGCACCGGGGAUAUGUUUGUGUUCCCUAAGGGACUAGUUCACUUUCAAGUGAACAAAGAUCACAAGUACCCUGCUGUUGCUAUCUCUGCAUUUGGAAGUGCUAAUGCUGGCACUAUAGUGAUUCCAAAGACACUGCUUGCUAGUGGUAUCGAUAAGGAGGUUCUUGCAAAAUCCUUCAAGACUGAUGGUCAAACCGUCAACAAGCUUGUUUGGGCUGCCACAUCAAACUAAUUUGUCUCGAACUUUUAUGAGGAGGUUGCUUGCAGGAAAUAUGUUUCCAGGAUUGAAUUUGUUUGUUGUGUUUGAUGCUGUUGUAUUGCAUCAUUAUUCGAAAUUGUUGUUCUAAUUUACCCAUGCUUUCUAUUAAACGAAGCGUUUGUUCUUGCAAACAAGCAAUCUAUGUUGUCACGUUGCAUCGAUGUGAAAAUGUCGUAGUACAUGCACAAUGCAUGCUGAUACUCAAGAACUUCGCGUUCAAAAACUGGACUUCAGAAUUCUGAGGCAUUUCACGCUUGAACUGAACUGGGCAAACAGAGUGCAAAACACAGAAGGUAUACAAAGUUUCACAGGCAAUA